GGAUCAAUGUCUUCUUUCUAAUGGCCAGUCUAACUUAUGUCUGUGAAAUUCUUUGAAUCGUCUUAACCUAAUGUUGGAAUAUUAUUCAAUUUUUACUAACAAUGAAUUUGUAGAGAUAUUGAUAAGAAGUGGUGAAAGACAUGUCGAAAGAUACCCGCUAUGGUCUAUUGUAUAGUGAAUAUGAGUAUUCUCCAUAUUUACGUAUACCCUUCGAGAAAUUUGCAAUAGUUGUUGUUUGUUUUCCAUUAUUUGCGUUCAUAUUUUGUAUUUCCUAUUCCGUCCUUUUUAAUUUUGAGAGCGCAACUUAUACACAUUGUGAUGUUUAUAACAUGCUACCUUCCAUAUCAGCAGCAAUUGGUAAUUUUUCACCACAAAGGGAAAUUUGGCAAAGUGCCAUUGCCAUACACGCUGUUCCUAGGUUUUACAUAGCUUUUGAGUACUUAAACCACCAUUGCAGUGUUCUUCCACCCCAGGAUAUAUGGAUUGCACAAGUAGCUUUUUCUCUGAAUCUGAUCGAGAACAUUGCCCUUGUAUUACUUUCAUUUUUUACUUCUUCACAGUCAUAUGCUGUACAUGAAAAAGCUUUCGUUACCUUCAUAAUAGGAUCUGAAAUGUAUAUGAUCUUAACCUGUUUUCUACAAGGUAGAUUCAAGAAACAAUCAAGAAUCAGUUUGAAAUGGAAGAAGCGAUUUCUUAUCAUGAAUAUGGCUGGGAUUGUGGCGUCUGUAUAUUUUUUCUUGAGACACAAUUCAUUUUGUGAGCCCUACAUUUACACACUAUUUGCUCUCUCCGAAUAUGUCGUUGUCCUUUCGAAUAUGGCGUUUCACAUAACGGCUCAUUAUGAUUUCCAAAAUAAGGAUUUAGUUGUCUACAAACACGGCGUCGCCCUAACGGAGAGAUAAUAUUUGGUUAUAUAGCUAGUCAUUUAAUUU